AGCUUUCAAGUCAUGUAUAUGAGAAACCUGUUACACAAUUGCUCUAUUUCAGGGAGAAGAAAUGGGUCACAGUUGGAGAUACAUCAUUAAGAAUAUUUAAAUGGGUUCCUGUGGUGGACACAAAGGAGAAGGACAAGAGCAAAGUGUCUGUGGGUGGUGAGAUGCAACGGAAGAAUUUUUCCACUGAGGAGGCAUCUGAUAACGCCUGUUCUGUACUGUUAGAUUUUCAAGAUGAGAACAGCAACCAGAGUUCUCUGUCAGACUCGUACCAGCUUAAAGUAGCUGCAGACAGCAGCAAUAACUCCAGUCCACAGCCCAGUGAGCCGGACAGCCCUGCACUUCAGAGUCUAGACUACCGUACAGAUGAUCCACAGCCGCCCACCCUCGGCCAAGAAAUCAUGGAAGAGCCGCUGCUGCAGUCAAGUGAGAUUGCAGAUGAGCCGCCAACA